AUGGCGUCUUUCCUGGCGCAUCAAUGUGCUUGUGGCGAAGCGUUCCCCGACGAGGCAUCGCGUUUUGCUCACCUUUUGCACUACGAGAGCUGGCUUCAAUCGCUCUCCAAAGAAAUAGAGCUUUGCAAAACACACAAAGCGAUACAGGGUCAACAGCCGGGCUUAGAUGUAGGUUUUCUGCAUAACAGCUAUCUCAAGGGGGUUGGCUGUCCGUUGAGCAAUUUGAGCACCUGCAAUCAGUCGUUUGACUCGAGAUCCGAUUUAUUUCAACAUUUUGGACAACACAUCGAGUGCGAAGAGGUGUGUGUAUUCUGCUAUAGUCGAUUCCAUCGCGCCAGCGAAUACAUCAGUCACACCAGACUUCGAUGUUCGGAGCAGAGUUGGACGAACGAUGAAGUCAAAAUUCUUUACGUCGAAGCUAGUCGCAGAAAGCUAUUCGCCAAAAUCGAGAGAGAGCUCGAGUCAGCAGUGCUCCAAGAGCAGCAAGCAAAUAGCGGCGUUCCUGCGCUCAAAGGGGCUGCGUUGGCUCUGCCCGAUACUACAGAAGUCGAUCCGCGUCGCUCCGUCCCGGCUGCUCGGGGAGCAUCUCAGUCAAUCUCAACGGAGGCACCAAGACUGGCACCUCCAUCGUCCUUUCCGCCAUCUUCAGGCAUCGCUUGCCCGACUGUAUAUUCGACAACAUUCAAUGUGACCUCGCCGCAUCUCUCAGCACAAGCGCUGAAUGAUAAGACAAUGCCAGAAAGCAUAGGGACGGAUGCAUUGACCCAGUCAUCACAUGGCCAACUCGCACCUUUCGUAAUGCCAUCCAACCAGCAAGCAACCCAGCCGGAGCCGGACUUCGAUUUCUUCUUCACCCAACCCCACGUGAGCGCGUCUUUCGAUGCACCCGUCUCGAUCAUCAACACAAACAGAUCUUUGUCCCAGGUAGCGCGAAGAUGUAGAGAAGUUCCAGACCCUAGAGAAUAUAGCGUUCCAAUCUGUCCCGACCCUCGAUGCGCGACAUGUCUUUCCAUGGGCGAGGAGUGGCAGGAAUCAGGUUGUCAAAGCUGCCAUCUGUCGCAGCCGCUUCGUUCUCUUACCACCCCGGGGAUGAUGAGCACUAUAAAUGCCAAAUUCGAUGGCCUGAAGUACAAAGUCUUUCAUCCGAAGGCUUGCUACACUUCGAGGUAUUUCAUUUCAGCGGCACUAUGCCUCUCAAGGUGCCUGGCGAGAAGUUCAUAUCGACAAAUCCAGAGCACAAGAGAACCUGGGAGAAGUCUAAAGGUGGCUGGGUGGGUCGGCCAACAGAUGCAGUGCGCCUAG